CGGGGGGGGCGCAGCCGACAUAGGAAAUGUUCUGGUUCGAGUAAUCAGGUUUAUCUGUGAUGUGGAGAUCUUGUUUGGCCUUUUGCGAGUUCAGCAAAGCAAUACCUUCGCAUUUCUUGCCUGAAUGUCCUCAAUGAAGCCAUGGAAUCUCGCCGUUGGCACUUUAGUGGGGGUUGAUUUAAGUGAAUUAUGCAUUUUUCUUGUCUUUGUUUGCCAAAUUACCAUUCGAAGUCAGUUAAUGAUGUUAUAUAGUUCACAUUUCUGCAGUUUUGCAUUUUCCUCCACCAAAGAAAUAUAUCAGCCACUGGUCCUGACGAGCUCAGCUAUAAUCUCUGUGGUCGUGUCAGGAAAGCUGUAAGUCACUCCGGGUAAAUUGCAGUUGGUACAAACUGUCCCCCAAAGAAGAUCAUGUUUCUAUGGAAAUUGGUAAGGUAAGACAGUUCACGCAAGGUUUUAAGGUCCAUUAUUUUUAAUGUUUUCCUAUAGUUUACGUUCAGUAUAAUUAGCCUACUUGUGUGUUGUAAAAAAUCUAAGCUUUCUAUCAUGUCAUGCUGUUCUCGACCUAUUUUGAAUUAACCUCGUUCGGUUACCGUCACUUGCUAAUUGUAAUUUGCAGUACAAAGGGACAAUGAUCAUUUGAAAGUGGAAACCGACUUGAAAAGUAUCAAAGGCGAUUGUUAUGCAUUCACUGGGGUGGUCCGCGGUUUUCUGUAUCAUCUCCAUCCUCUAUGGCUCGGAUAUCUGCUUGGGAUAUGUUUAUCAUCGCUCUAAAAGGUCUGGAGAGGAGGCUGCUACGUCCAGAACUGAAAAGCAGUACCCUAAGGGAUAUGGAUGGUUGUUUGUCUCUCUCCGCUCUAGCUCGCUCAGAGUCUGUGUUGAUCGACACAACAGGAUCAUGCAAGAACAGAUGUUUUGAGUUGGACGAGGCCGAACCCCCCCACUGCCGCUGUGACAAUUUAUGUAAAACCUACAAUAGCUGCUGUCAGGAUUUUGAUGAGCAUUGCUUGAGGACAGAGGGAGGUUUUGAGUGCAGUAAGGAGCGAUGUGGUGAGACCAGGAGGGACCAGCAUGCCUGCCACUGCUCCGAGGACUGUUUGACCAAAGGAGACUGCUGCACCAACUAUAAAACGCUCUGCAAAGGGGAGACCACCUGGUUGCAAGACGACUGUGAAGACAUAAAAGCCCAUGAAUGUCCAGCGGGGUUCGUCCGUCCUCCUCUCAUCAUGCUGUCAGUGGAUGGCUUCAGAGCUUCCUACAUGAAGAGGGGAAGCACCGUGAUACCGAACAUCGAGAAACUCCGAAGUUGCGGUACCCACGCUCCCUACAUGAGGCCGAUGUACCCCACCAAAACCUUCCCCAAUAUGUACACACUUGCAACGGGCCUGUACCCCGAGUCCCAUGGCAUAGUGGGCAACUCGAUGUAUGACCCCGUCUUCAAUGCCAACUUUAACCUGCGUGGCCGGGAGAAACUGAAUCACCGUUGGUGGGGAGGUCAGCCGAUAUGGAUCACAGCAGUGAAACAGGGGGUGAAGGCUGGCACCUUCUUUUGGCCUUUUUCGAUCCCACUGGAGAGGCGUGUUAUGACCAUCCUGCAGUGGCUCCACCUGCCAGAUGGACAGAGGCCGUAUGUCUAUGCCAUACACUCAGAGCAACCGGACACAGAUGGACACAAACUGGGGCCCAUGAGUACAGAGCUGAACAGCCCCCUGAGGGAGAUCGACAAGACCAUUGGUCGGCUGAUGGACGGCCUGAAACAGAUGAAGCUCCAUCGAUGUGUGAACAUCAUCCUGGUGGGAGACCACGGUAUGGAGGAGGCCCACUGUGAGAGGACAGAGUUCCUCAGCUCAUACAUGCCGUCCACUGUUGAUGACAUCAUUCUAAUUCCUGGGUCGUUGGGCAGGAUCCGAUCCAGGUAUCCCAACAACCCUAAAUAUGACGCUAAAUUGGUUGUUGCUAAUCUUACCUGUAAAAAGACGGACCAGCACUUCAAGCCCUACUUGAAGCAGCAUCUUCCCAAACGCCUUCAUUACGCCAACAACCGGAGGAUCGAGGACAUCCAUCUGCUAGUGGAGAGAAAGUGGCACGUCAUGAGGAAACCCAUAGAAGGAGGAAAGAGGCAUCCUGGGAAAUGUAUAUCAGGAGAUCAUGGUUAUGAUAAUAAGAUCAACAGCAUGCAGACAAUUUUCCUGGGAUACGGGCCUACGUUUAAAUUCAAGACUAAAGUUCCAGUUUUUGAAAACAUUGAACUCUAUAACGUCAUGUGUGAUCUGCUUGGCCUGAAGCCUGCUCCCAACAAUGGCACUCAUGGCAGUCUGAACCAUCUGUUGAAGAGCCCUGUCCAUAAGCCCACCAUGCCGGAGGAGGUUUCUAAGCCCACUCCGUCAGCCCCGGUCGCAGCUCUGAGCGACGACUUGGGCUGCAGCUGUGACGACAAGUUGCGUUCAAAAAAUAGGGGGCAGAGAGCAAUGAAAAUCACCCUUGUAAGAGGCUAUAACCUGGAGUCACUGUGGCUCUGUCUGUUGCAGAACAAAGUGGAAGAGCUCAAUCAGAGACUGAGGCAAGCCACUGAUGACAGCAAGAACCUCCCUUAUGGACGACCAGCGGUUUUGUUCCGCGCCAAAUACAGCAUACUCCAUCACAGUGACUAUAUCAGCGGGUACAGUGAAGCACUUUUCAUGCCGCUGUGGACCUCCUAUACAGUCUCAAAACAGGUUGAAGUAACACCUCUUCCAGAGCAUCUGAGUAACUGUGUCAGGCCUGACAUCCGUGUCCCUGCAGCCUUCAGCCAGUCAUGCUCCAGCUACAAGGCUGACAAACAGACCUCCUAUGGAUUCCUCUAUCCUCCAGAGCUGUCUUCAACCCAAGAUGGCAAAUCUGACGCAGUCCUCAUCACAAACACUGUACCCAUGUACCCAGCAUUCAAGAGAGUAUGGAGCUACUUCCAGAGGACUCUUGUGAAGAAGUAUGCCCUGGAGAGAAACGGGGUCAACUUAGUCUGUGGCCCCAUUUUCGACGAUGACUAUGAUGGUCUGAGAGACUCCGCAGAGAAAAUGAAACAAUAUGCCAGUGGCACUGUGCCAAUCCCGACCCACUACUUCUGCGUGACAACCAGUUGCCUGGACUUCACGCAGGCCGUGGAUGUCUGCACGGGACCUCUCAGCAGCUCCGCCUUCAUCCUGCCCCAUCGCCCGGACAACGACGAGAGCUGCAAUAGUUCUGAUGAGGAGUCCAAGUGGGUGGAGAAUCUGAUGAGGAUGCACACGGCCCGUGUACGAGACGUGGAGAUCCUCACGGGGCUCGACUUCUACCGCCGGACCAGCCGGAGUUACCCUGAGAUCCUGUCACUAAAGACUCACAUGCACACCUAUGAGAGCGAGAUCUAAAACCACUGUCCACUUUCAACGCCCCCCCCCCCCCCCCCGCAGCUCUGAUGGUCUGGUGUAUAUUUUCAAUGUGUUGUCUGUUCUCAUAUUUAUUAUUCUUUUUCAAAAGGUUGGAUGGAUGUUCCUGUGCUUAUGAAAUAAUGUAACACUUCUCCUGUCCAUUGUUAUUCGUGAUUUACAGGCAUGAAUGGAAUGGCCCCAUUUUAGGUGUGUGCGUGCGUGUGUGUGUGGUUGAAUUGAGUAUGUAAUGUUUCGGAUGAAUGUCGUUGUUGUGUGAUCCCUACUUCAUUUUGAAUAAAUGUUACAGUUGACUGUUACAGUUAAUUUGAAAUGUAGAGCUAAUAAAA